AUGUCAAAUGAUGGCUCUCUAUUACGGCUGUUUAAUUCAGAGUAUUUUCAGCUAGAGCAUCUUCUAUAUUAUUUGCAGAGACGUGAAGAGUCAGGGAUCCACAGUUUUUUGGUCAAUAAAUUAUAUACGUUUCCUAUCGAUGAUAUUUCUUUUUAUAUCCCUCAGCUUAUGAAUCUUAUGAUAAAUCGGCAGGAUUCUGAGGAUUUAGAAAGAUUUUUUUUGGAAACCAGCAUAAAGUCGCAUGAUUUUGCAAUUAAAUUUUACUGAUUCUUGAAUGGAGCUUUAAAUGAUAGGAUUGCGAAUAAACAGGAGAAGCUGGAACGGAUAGGACAUGAUCUAGAAAUGGUCAUUGUCAAUGCGACCCUGCCAAAGCAAAAUCACAAUGUAGAAACUCCACACUUAUUUCAUCUUGAUAUAGAAGAGACAGAGAUGGAAAAAUUUUCAAGAAAAAGCAUUAGGAAUGACUAUUUUAAUUAUCAGCAAAAAGCUAUUGGCUUGCUGUGCAAAAUCUCUGUUGCGCUUUUGAUGAUCCCGCUGGAGCAAAGAGAUGAAAAGUUGAAAAAUUGGCUGUCUGGGAUGGAUAGCUGAAUAAAAGAAACAAAGCAAAAAUACCAUGAGGGGAUUUAUUCGGAGUAUACGAGAAGGAUGUUUAGAGGGAUUAUUAUACCUUUUAAGUUUGUGGAAAAUACAGAUUCAGGAGUGUAUCAGAUAGUAAGGAUAAUAAGUGAUGAGUCUAGCUGCUUCAGUACGAAGGCAAGAGUUCCUUAUAAACUUUUAAUAGAGACAGUUGAUAUGAGUGAAAUCGAGCCAAUAGUAACAGAAAAUAGCCAUGAAGGGACCAAUGACAUUAAUAAUGCAAUGGAGCAUGAAGUAGAAGACAUUGAUGUAAGUCAAGUCGACAAAAUGGUCAAUAAAGAUGAAGAAAGAUUUCAAGGCUUCGAAGACUAUGUUGAAGAAGUACAGAAGACAGAAAGAGAAGGAAAUAAUGCUAUUGACGACACUGAAAAUAACUUAAGCAAUUCAAGUGCCCCUGAUAACCCUUGAGGAGAACCUUGAUCAGGUAUUACUCAAAGAAUCAAAAAUACUUCUCAGUUUUCGAAUUAUGAGUCCUGGAAACUAAGAGCCAUUAUUGUGAAAGGACUUGACGAUCUUCGGCAGGAGUAUCUUGCAAUGCAGUUUAUCAAAAAGUUUAAAACUAUUUUUGAUGAAGCCUUCUUAUCAAUAUAUUUAAGACCAUAUGAUAUUUUGGUUAUAUCUCACAAUACAGGAAUGAUUGAAUAUGUCCCUGAUACGCUUUCAAUUCAUGCUAUUAAAAAAAAUUCAAAAAACUACACGUCGCUUUUGAAUUUUUAUUUAUCAACAUGGCCUAACAACUUUGAAGAAGCCCAGAAAAACUUUAUUGACAGCUUAGCUGGCUACUCACUUCUUUGUUAUAUAUUAAAUAUCAAAGAUCGUCAUAACGGAAAUAUCCUUAUUGAUGGGUAUGGACAUAUCAUUCAUAUAGAUUUUGGGUUCUUUUUCACAAACAGUCCUGGAGGAAACAUUAAUUUUGAGACUGCACCAUUUAAGCUGACUAAAGAAAUGAUUGAACUAAUGGGAGGAAUGGAUAGUGAAAUGUUCAGAUACUAUAAAAUUUUACUUUUGCAAGGAUUUUUAGAAUUAAGAAAGCAUGUUGAUAAGCUUGAGAUCUUGAUUAUUAUGAUGGCUGGCAGAAAAUUCCCGUGCUUUAGAGACUUCGAUAAAGCGGUCAAUGAAUUCCGAGAAAGGUUUCACUUAAGCAAAACUGAUGAAAAAUGUAUGACUUUAAUUGACAACUUGGUAGCAAGCGCAGCCAAUAACUGGAGAACAAGAAGGUACGACGCAUUUCAACGAUACAGCAACGGAAUCUUAUAG